CAGCACCCCAUGAAGAUGGAGGCUUCGAAGGCGGUAAUAAAGAACUCUGAUAUGAGUGAGCAGAUGCAACAGAAAGCUGUGGAUUACGCCAAGCAGGGAAUGGACCAAUACGGAAUUGAAAAGGAGGUUGCAUCUCAUGUAAAGAAAGCAUUUGACAGAGAAUUUGGCCCAACUUGGCAUUGCGUUGUUGGCCGAAAUUUUGGCAGUUAUGUCACCCACGAGGCAAAUUGCUUCAUAUACUUCUAUCUCAAGUCGAUUGCAAACAUUGGGAAUAAAGUUGCUGACAAGACUGUUGAUAAGCUCAUAGAUAUGCAGCAAAAGACCGUUAAAAUAGCUCAGGAAACCAUUUCAAGGAACCUCACUGAAAAAGAUACCGCAGAUGUUAUCAAGAAAGAAUUCGACACAAGAUAUGGCCAAGAAUGGCACUGCAUCGUGGGUCGAUACGUUGGCAGAUAA